UCUUCGAACAACUGGAACUUUGCAUGUGCUGUAAGCAUUGGAACCUUGAAUGAUGGACAUGAGUCAAUCUCGGCAGAUCUUAAAUUUUGUGACGCUAUUCCGAUCUAUUUUCCAAUAAUAAGAUUCCUUUAUAUUUACAAGAUUUACUUAAUUAUCUAUUUCCUCGUUAAAAGCUCAAGUCCUAUAGAGAAUGCCACCGGCGCUUUGUGCCCUCUGCAAGACAGAGCGAGCCUUGAUCAAGAGGCCAAAAAACUACCAGAAGCUUUGCAAGAGCUGUUUUAUCCGAAUAUUUGAAGAUGAAGUGCAUCACACAAUAACUUCGUCAAGGCUUUUCUUUCCGGGGGAAAAAGUUGCCAUCGGUGCAUCGGGUGGCAAGGAUUCAACCGUUUUAGCUUCGGUGCUCAAGACACUGAACGAGAGACACAACUAUGGAGUUGAUUUAAUACUUCUGAGUAUCGACGAGGGCAUUAAGGGUUAUAGGGAUGAUUCCCUUGAAACAGUUAAACGCAACGCGGUGCAGUACAACAUGCCGCUGAAAAUAGUAGGCUAUGAUGAACUGUACGGCUGGACCAUGGACCAGGUUGUGGAGACAAUCGGCAAGAAAGGCAAUUGUACUUAUUGUGGCGUCUUCCGACGACAGGCUCUAGAUAGGGGCGCGAAGAUGUUGGGGAUCAAACAUGUCGUCACAGGUCAUAAUGCCGAUGAUGUCGCAGAGACCGUUCUUAUGAACCUCCUUCGAGGAGAUCUACCGCGCUUAUCAAGGAGCACGAGCAUUGUUACCGGAAGCGACGCGAGCGAGGUCAAGAGGAGUAAGCCGCUAAAAUACUCAUACGAGAAGGAAAUUGUAUUGUAUGCGCACCACAAAAAGCUCGACUAUUUCAGCACCGAAUGCAUCUACAGUCCGGAAGCCUUCAGAGGAAGUGCUAGAAGUUUGAUCAAGAAUCUAGAGAAAGUCCGUCCCAGUGCCAUAUUGGACGUCGUUCGAAGUGGGGAGGAUAUGGCGAGACUGGUACCCGGUGCUACACCAAGUUCUUGUGCUUGUGAUGGGAAGGCUAUACCUAACCGAGCCCCUACUGAUGAAGAUAAUAUCGGUGGCUGCGGUUCGUCAAAUGGUCGCACAAACGGUGGUGAGAUGGCGGCUAUGGAGAAACAACUCAGAGAAAAUGAAGCAGCCGAGACCGCCGGACUCGAAACAGAGGUCACGGCUGAAAAGCCCAAGGCACAAUUUCAUGACAGGUCAAACCCAGUCAACGGUCAACAAAAGACAGCAGGCACUAGUCUUCCCAUCAGGUUGAAGCAAAAGCUUGGCACAUGCGAGAAAUGUGGUUAUAUGUCGAGCCAGAAGCUAUGCCAAGCUUGUAUGCUUCUCGAAACCCUGAAUAAGAACCGUCCAGAGAUUACGAUAUAGACAUAAAGUAGGCAGGCGUUCCGGCAUCCCUGGGUCUGUUAGAAUAGGAUUUAAAUGAUACCCUAAAUAAAGUGAUGACCAGCAACAGACGCACGACAAGACUGCUUGAAUAUCAGGGGCUGUAUUUUAUAGACUUUGUACAAGUAGUUGUCCGUCGUGGACAUGUUUUUUCCUUCCCCAACCUCUCUAUUAUUCCAUCUACGUAAAUCGCUUCUCGACCCGCCAUGGGUUGUUCAGCUCGAAUCCUGCGGGGGCUGCGGUUGCGUCGCUCUGUCCUCGUAGCCAUCCUGUAAGGCGCAUGUCGCGGUUCAUCAUCUGUCUAUCCCACUGAUCUAACGAUCGCCUCGCCCUCUUGCCGCCGUUUUGCCAAUUUCUAAAUUUGGAAAGUCCCGCGCCAGUGGCGCUAAACAUCUGAUAAAGCCUUAGUAUCCAAACAGUCUACUGUCGAGGUAAGUUGUCGUAGGCCAGGAGGUCUUACGGCUAGGAUGAUUCCAUAUGGAA